UUCGCCUAUACCCCGCCCCCUGACACACUGUGACUGAGUGCUCGGGCUCCCGCCUGUGCCCCAUGUGUUAGGAUACGCGGCGCUGUGCAGCAUGGAGCUGAUCCUGUCAUGUCUGUAGACGAGUGAGGUGCUCCUUCCUGCCAGCUAUGGAUUCCCCGCGGGAGGAUGAGUCGGAGGACGAGGAGACGGACUGGCUGUGCCGGGAGGAGGCCUCUGAGGAUGACAAGACUGCCGUCCACCAGCGCUGGCAACCCACGGCAUCAUUUUCCAGAACUGUGGCAAAAUCCGAAAUGCCUUCGAAAAGGAUUAUUGUGCACCUGGAUAUGGACUGUUUCUAUGCACAAGUGGAAAUGAUCCGGAACCCGAACCUGAGGGAUAAACCUCUUGGUGUUCAACAGAAAUAUCUUGUGGUUACCUGUAAUUAUGAAGCCAGGAAGUUUGGCGUUGGCAAGUGCAUGACUGUUACAGCAGCGAAGGAGAAGUGUCCUCAGCUUGUGCUGGUCAGUGGGGAGGACCUGACGCACUACAGAGAGACUUCCUACAAAGUUACAGAAUUACUGGAAGAGUUCAGCCCGAAGGUUGAGCGUCUCGGGUUUGACGAGAACUUUGUUGAUGUCACAGAACUUGUGGAUAAGAGACUGGAAGAGCUGGACCAGCAGCCUGAUAGCACUGCGGAGGUCUCCGGUCAUGUGUACAAUGAUCAAAUUGUAAAUCCUAGUGACUGGACUCACAGGCGGUUGGUUGCUGGUUCCCACGUUGCAGCCGACAUCCGGGCAGCGGUGUACAGCAGACUGGGCCUCACCGGCUGUGCUGGGAUUGCGUCUAAUAAACUGCUCUCCAAACUGGUUUCUGGGACCUUUAAACCCAACCAACAAACUGUCCUCUUCCCUGAGAGCAGCAGCCGCUUGAUCAACAGUCUGAGCCAUGUGAACAGAAUUCCAGGUAUUGGCUACAAAACAGCCCAGCACCUUGAGGGUUUGGCCUUGACCAGUAUAUCUGCCCUCCAGUCCUGUCCAGUCGCUGUGCUGGAAAAGGUAUUGGGAGCCUCUGUCGCUCAUCGUAUCCAGAAGCUCAGCAGAGGAGAAGACGAUUCGCCAGUGACGCCAUCUGGCCCGCCACAGUCUCUUAGUGAAGAAGAUUCAUUUAGAAAGUAUUCCACGGUGUCGGAAGUAAGAACAAAACUGGAAGAGCUGCUCCGAAGUCUCCUAGGCAGACUGUCCGCAGAUGGGAGGAGCCCUCACACCCUGCGAUUAACCCUUCGCCAGUUCUCGCCAACCAAUAAAUAUUUCAACCGGGAAAGUCGCCAGUGUCCUAUUCCGAUGCACGUGGUCCAGAACUUGAUCAGCGAUCUCCGCAUGGAUAGAAUCACACCGGAGCAGAGCUUAGACUCUAGAGCCUCAUCCGUAGAAUGUUCCGCUGUGUUGUCCCCUCUGAUGGAGAUGCUCAUGAAGCUAUUCGAGAAGAUGAUUGAUGUCAAGUUACCUUUUCACUUAACUCUCCUGAAUGUUUGCUUUUCCAACCUCAAAGCUUCUAAGUCCUCAAACUCCUCCUCCCGAAACUCUAUUGGGUUUUACCUGAGUCAGAAGAAGGAGUCAGCAAGUGACGCCAGCCCGAGCAGCCAGGUAACCGGAGCGAGAGUAAAGCGGGGUGUAAAUGACUCUUCACCCGCUACGGGGCUGGAACACCCUGCCUCCCUAUCACUACCUGGGGACAUUGACAUGGAUGUGUUCAGCCAGCUCCCUGAGGACAUCAGGAGAGAGCUCCUCAGCAGCCCGCACACUGGACGGACGCACACUAGCAGCCAGGCGUCUGCCUGUAAGGGAAUACAGCAUUUCUUUACUAAGGCAAUCACCGGAGGCCCUGACUGUUCUGGCAGAGAUAGGAGCCAUUCUCUGUCUAAAGAGACAGACAGCCUGUGUAACCGCACGGACAGUGGUAGUGACGUAUACCCCGGCUCAUCUGUCGGCUCCCCCUCUUAUAUGCCACACGGGAACUGUACCGCUAACCCAUCUGUGCAGAAUCGGUGCGCUGACACGGACGUGGGUGUGGCCAUGGACUGUGCAGAUUCUGGUGACUCCGAAGCUGUAGUUCCAUUCCCUAAAAGCAUUGAUCUGAGUGUAUACUCACAGCUCCCGGAGGAGCUGCAGAAAGAACUUAUGACUGAGUGGAAGCACCAAAAACUCACUCCCAAGAUCUUGGUCAAGAAGUCUCACGGGAAACUAAAGACCCCCAAAGGCCAAAAGUCGCCUGCAGCACCCCAGCCGAACAACUUGCUGAAGUAUUUUAAGCCGGGCUAGAUGCUGUUACCUGUAAUUACUGCUCUUGUUUUGUAUAAAUCUUCAAUUAAUGUUUACGCCUCGCAAAAGAAAUUGAAUGGAUAGAUCUGUUUAAAAACAAUACUUUUUGCUUUCAAAAAUUCCAUAGCAUAAUUAUAAAGGUUUAUGUGUUGA